CAUAGAUUUUGGAAAAACAUGUUUUUGAAUAAUGGAAAGACAUUUGGUAACCCACAAACAUCCAUUAGAUCUAGCUAGUUUUACUAAAAUGCUCCGUUCUUCGUCUUCCAUUUCUAAUUUCAUCUCCUAUGAACAUCAUUUCCCUGCAGCUAAGCUCAUUUUGUAAUUUUCGCACAUAAAACUACCGACCGGAGAGAGAAAAAGUGGAGGUCCACUUCGUCGCACAUUUUUGCAUCUCUCGCGCUCAUUUCUUCUCGCUCCCCCUUUCAGUCUCCUUUUUUCUCUCUAAUAUUCCUAUCGUUUUCUCUUCGAUCAUCUGCAACAUCUGAUUCACAUUGCCGGAUCAUUCACAACGGUGACCUUUUUUUCCUCGCAAAUUCUUCGAUUCGCCUAUAAUUAGGUGGUAAUUAUCAUUGCUAGUAUGAGAGGUUGCUAGGUCUAAAGAAAGUGGUAUAAUGGAAAAAGAUGAUGUCGACCUUGUAGAUAUUUCUGUGGAUGAUUUAGAUUUAGAUGGAGGAGGAGGUGCUUUGAUCGGAGAAGAAGAGGUACCAUCACCAGUUCUGCAUCCUGAUGAAAUUGUUGCUGGGGAGGAUUACAGGGGUGAUACGUCUGGCAGUUUGGUGACAGAUAAUGUUGAAGAUGAAGGGUUUGAGCAGGUAUCUUUAAAUGAUCAAGAGAAUAGUGGCGGUGGACUUCAUCAUCGUGAUGGCUCAGGUGCAUCAAUGGCUUCUGAUAGUGCAGUAAGUCCAUCUGGUCGAGCGGAGAAAACCGAGGACUUGUCACAUGGAAGACUUGUAGAUGGUGUAGAGUCGAGGCAUAAAACUAAUAGUUCCAGUUUUGGUCAUAUGCGAAAUCAUAUUGAUGAUAAGGUUUUGUCUACUGAGCCGCCUCAGAAAACAAGGCCGAAAGGUGCAAUAUCUAGUGUGUCCCCAGAGCUUUUACAUCUAAUUGACUCUGCUAUUAUGGGAAAGCCAGAAAGCUUAGACAAACUUAAGAAGAUUGUGACGGGUGCUGAGGCCUUUGGUGAUGAGUAUGAUGAUGCCUUAUCCUUUUUAGUGAUUGAUUCUCUUCUGGCCACAAUGGGGGGCGUUGAAAGUUUUGAGGAAGAUCAAGGUAAUAAUCCUCCUAGUGUUAUGCUGAAUUCUAGGGCUGCAAUUGUUGCAGGUGAGUUGAUACCUUGGCUACCUUGUGCUGGUGAUAGUAUGGGUGUAAUGUCCCCUAGGACACGAAUGGUUAGAGGAUUGUUAGCUAUUUUACGGUCAUGCACAAGAAAUAGAGCAAUGUGCUCAACUGCUGGUUUAUUAGGUGUUCUCAUUAGAUCUGCUGAAAAAGUUUUUGAACCAAGUGGUAACUCUAUGCAGCAGAUGGAUUGGGAUGGCAGUGCUCUAUGCUAUUGUAUCCAGUAUUUGUCUGGGCAUUCUUUAAGUGUGGUUGAUUUGCGUAGGUGGCUUGAGGUUAUCUCAAAGACACUUACCACUGCAUGGGCUCCGCGUUUAAUGCAUGCACUGGAGAAGGCAGUUGGUGGAAAGGAAUCAAGAGGUCCAGCUAGCACAUUUGAAUUUGAUGGUGAGAGCUCUGGUUUGUUGGGUCCUGGGGAAAGUCGUUGGCCUUUUGGCAGUGGGUAUGCAUUUGCAACAUGGAUAUAUGUAGAGUCGUUUGCAGACACUAUAAAUACUGCAACUGCCGCUGCCGCUAUUGCAGCAGCUGCUGCUGCCACAGCUGGAAAAUCAUCACCAAUGUCUGCUGCUGCUGCUGCAAGUGCACUUGCUGGUGAAGGCACAGCACACAUGCCACGACUAUUUAGUUUCUUGUCUGCUGAUAAUCAGGGUUUGGAGGCAUAUUUUCAUGCACAUUUUUUGGUGGUUGAAUGUGGUACUGGUAAGGGAAAGAAGGCUUCUUUGCAUUUUACUCAUGCAUUUAAGCCACAAUGUUGGUAUUUCAUUGGCUUAGAGCAUACUUGCAAACAAAGUUUACUUGGCAAGGCAGAGAGUGAGCUGAGGUUGUACAUUGAUGGGUCUUUGCAUGAGACUCGUCCUUUUGACUUUCCUCGCAUCUCGAAGCCGCUAGCAUUUUGUUGCAUAGGGACAAAUCCUCCGCCUACGAUGGCAGGUUUACAACGACGUCGUCGUCAAUGCCCCCUUUUUGCUGAAAUGGGACCUGUAUAUAUAUUUAAGGAACCGAUUGGCCCGGAUAAGAUGGCACGUUUGGCUUCUAGAGGAGGUGAUGUGCUACCGUCUUUUGGAAGUGCGGUUGGACAAACUUGGUUGUCAAUGAGCGACCAUGUACAAAAAAUGGCGGAAGAAAAUUUGCGUCUUGAUGCGGACUUGGCUGGCUCCCUGCACCUUCUUUAUCACCCGAGGUUGCUCAAUGGGCGAUUUUGUCCAGAUGCUUCACCAAGUGGUGCUGCAGGCGCGCUUCGCAGACCGGCUGAAGUGCUUGGGCAAGUACAUGUUGCUUUGAGGGUACGGCCAGUUGAUUCAUUAUGGGCGUUGGCUUAUGGUGGUCCAAUCUCAUUGCUUCCGUUGACUGUUACCAAUGUGAACAAUGAUAGAUUGGAACCAAAACCAGGGAAUCUUACUUUAUCUUUGGCCACAGCUGCUUUAGCUGCUCCAAUUUUUAGAAUCAUUGCCAUGGCUAUGCGACACCCUGGAAACAAUGAAGAAAUAUGUCGUGCUAGAGGGCCGGAGGUGUUGUCUAUGAUCUUGCAUUUUCUUCUACAAUCGUUGUCUUCAGCUGAUGCAAAACAUCAUGAUGGUGUAGCAGAUGAGGAACUUGUUGCGGCUGUCGUUUCCCUGUGCCAAGCUCAGAAACAUAACCAUGCUCUCAAAGUGCAGCUAUUUAGUACUCUUUUAUUAGAUCUGAGGAUUUGGAGCUUGUGCAACUAUGGUCUGCAAAAGAAACUUCUGUCAUCUUUGGCCGAUAUGGUUUUCACUGAAUCGUCUGUCAUGCGUGAUGCAAAUGCUAUUCAAAUGCUUCUUGAUGCAUGCAGAAAAUGCUACUGGACUAUUCGAGAAAAGGACUCAGUCAAUACUUUUUCUCUAAAUGAGGAAACCCGUCCGAUUGGUGAAGUGAAUGCCUUGAUCGAUGAACUUCUAGUUGUAAUUGAGCUUCUUAUGGUGGCAGCACCACCUUCACUUGCUGUAGAUGACAUGCGUUGUCUGCUCUGUUUUCUGGUGGACUGUUCACAGCCAAAUCAGGUUGCUAGAGUUUUGCACCUAAUCUAUAGGUUGGUUGUGCAACCGAAGACAUCACGAGCUCAGACUUUUGCUGAAGCCUUUUUAUCAUGUGGUGGGAUAGAAACACUGCUUGUUCUUUUGCAGCGUGAAGCAAAGGCUGGUGAUUUAGAUUUUUUUGACUCUCCCGAAAAUGAUGACCAGGACACGUCGUUACAUGGUUCUGAAGUGGAUCAGGAGGAUGGAGUAUUAGAAAGUAGUGAUGGUAGAAAUGUUGUGUCACUUGAAGAGAAGAAGCUUCGUUCUCAUAUUGAAAAGGGAGCAGAAUCUAUUAGCGGUAAAAACCGGGUAGACCUUGAAAUAUUGGAAAUUCUUAGUGAUUAUGGUGAUCUCUCUUCAGGGAUGUCUAUGGAGAGAAUGAUAUCAGUUCAAGAGAGUUUUUUUGCUAAAAAUGUUGGUGGAAUUAACUUGUCAAUUAGUGCUGAUAAUGCAAGGAAUAAUGCAUACAAUUUUGAUAAAAUUGAUGGCAUUGUGGUUGGUGUCAUUAAAUUGCUGGGCAUUCUAGUUGCGUCAGGACAUGUAAAAUUUAACUCCAAUAAUUCGUUGCCUGUUGUCACAAGUAGUGCUGGAUUACCAGAUACAGGUGGCUCGAUGUUUGAUGAUAAAGUUUCUCUCUUACUUUUUGCUUUGCAUAAGGCAUUUCAGGCGGCACCAAGAAGGCUGAUGACUACAAAUGUGUACACAGCUUUAUUGGCAGCCUCAAUUAAUGCUACAUCAACUGAAGAUGGUUUGAAUUUGUAUGAUUCUGGACAUCGAUUUGAACAUCUACAGCUUUUGCUGGUCCUUUUAAGGUCACUUCCCUUUGCACCUACAGCAUUGCAAAGUCGAGUGCUGCAGGAUCUCCUGUUUUUAGCUUGCAGCCAUCCAGAUAACCGUAGCUGCCUGACUCAAAUGGAGGAAUGGCCUGAAUGGCUUUUGGAGGUUCUGAUUUCAAAUUUUGAGAGAGCUCCAGAUAAGAACUUGAAUUCUUCAAGCAUAGGGGAUGUAGAAGAUCUUAUACACAAUUUUUUGAUCAUUAUGUUAGAGCAUUCAAUGCGUCAAAAGGAUGGAUGGAAGGAUAUUGAAUCAACAAUUCAUUGUGCAGAGUGGCUCUCUAUGGUGGGUGGAUCUAGUUCUGGAGAUCAUCGUAUGAGACGCGAGGAAUCAUUACCUAUUUUCAAAAGAAGACUUCUGGGUAGUUUGCUGGAUUUCUCUGCUAGGGAACUUCAGGUUCAGACUGAAGUCAUUGCAGCGGCUGCAGCUGGUGUUGCUGCCGAGUGUUCCUCACCAAUAAAUGCCAGGGCAGAAGCUGAAAAUGCUGCUCAGCUUUCCGUGGCAUUGGUUGAGAAUGCUAUUGUUAUUCUGAUGCUAGUUGAGGAUCAUUUACGCUUACAGAGCAAACUAUUUUGCGCUCGUACUGCUAAUUGCACGGCGUCAUCACUUUCAUCGGCUAGUCGCUCAAUAUCAUCAGACUCGAGUUCUGGAGAGCCAAAAGAUGUUUUAAGUGACCGUAAAGCAUGGUCUGGAAACACUGGAGGACUCCCCCUUGAUCUUCUCACGUCAAUGGCUGAUGAAAAUGGGCAAAUUUCUGCGGCGGUUAUGGAAAGAUUAACUGCUGCAGCUGCAGCUGAACCUUAUGAAUCCGUUUCUUGUGCAUUUGUCUCUUUUGGAAGUUGUACAAAAGAUUUGGCAGAGGGAUGGAAAUACCGAAGCCGGCUUUGGUAUGGUGUUGGUCUUCCUCCAAAAGCUGCUGUAUUUGGUGGUGGUGGCAGUGGCUGGGAGUCUUGGAACUCUGUUUUAGAAAAGGACGAAAAUGGAUGCUGGAUUGAGCUUCCUUUGAUAAAAAAAUCUGUUACUAUGCUGCAAGCAUUAUUGUUAGAUGAAUCUGGACUUGGUGGUGGUCUAGGUAUUGGUGGAGGAUCUGGUACAGGAAUGGGUGGUAUGGCAGCUCUUUACCAACUAUUAGAUAGUGAUCAGCCAUUCUUAUGCAUGCUCCGUAUGGUGCUUGUUUCAAUGAGAGAAGAAGACAAUGGCGAUGAAAACAUGCUUAUGAGAAAUUCAACUUUCGAGGAUGCAUCAUUAGAUGGAUCACAUAGAAAUACAGGCAAUACAGUGGUGGAUAAUAUUAAUAGAGUGUCUACUAGAAAACCUAGAUCUGCAUUAUUGUGGAGUGUCCUUUCACCUGUUCUAAACAUGCCUAUCUCCGAGUCCAAACGACAGAGGGUAUUAGUUGCGUCCUGUGUCCUCUAUGCUGAGAUGUGGCAUGCUGUCGGAAAGGAUAGAAAUCCUCUCCGUAAACAAUAUCUAGAGGCUAUUGUGCCUCCGUUUGUCGCCAUUCUACGAAGAUGGAGGCCACUAUUAGCUGGAAUUCAUGAACUUGCGAGUGCUGAUGGUCUUAACCCUCUGGUUGUUGAUGAUCGUGCUCUGGCUGCAGAUUCUCUUCCUAUAGAGGGAGCUCUUGCUAUGGUAUCUCCUGCCUGGGCUGCUGCUUUUGCAUCUCCGCCUGCUGCUAUGGCGUUGGCUAUGAUUGCUGCUGGUGCUUCUGGGGGUGAUGCUCCAACACGUGCAUCAACAACUCAGCUUAAGCGUGAUGCCUCAUUGCUUGAGCGUAAGGCAGUGAAGCUUCAGACGUUUUCGAGUUUUCAAAGGCCAUCAAAUAUUCCGAACAGGUCUUCUGCUUUUCCAAAAGACAAGGCAGCUGCAAAAGCUGCUGCCUUAGCUGCAGCCCGUGAUCUGGAACGAGAUGCUAAAAUUGGUUCAGGGAGAGGCCUUAGUGCUGUAGCAAUGGCUACAUCUGGUCAACGAAGAAAUGCAAGUGACAUGGAGCGUGUUAGGAGAUGGACUCAUUCAGAGGCCAUGGGAACUGCUUGGAUGGAAUGCUUGCAGCCAGUUGAUACCAAAUCAGUCUAUAGCAAAGACUUCACCGCUUUUUCCUACAAAUUUAUUGCUGUCCUUGUUGCAAGUCUUGCUUUGGCUCGGAACAUCCAGCGAUCAGAGAUUGAUAGGCGAUCUCAAGUAGAAAUGUUAGCACGCCACCGUCAAGCCAUUGGUAGUCGUGCAUGGAGGAAAUUAAUUCAUUAUUUGAUAGAGUUGAAAUGUCUUUUUGGACCAUUUAGCAACCAACUAUGCAAUCCUGAGCGUGUUUUCUGGAAGGUAGACCUCAUGGAAAGUUCUUCAAGGAUGAGAAGGUGCCUACGGAGGAAUUACAGAGGCUCAGCUCAUCUUGGCGCUGCAGCUGAUUAUGAAAAUGAUAAUGCUACUAAGGAGGAGCACCAGCGUGUGAUUAAUGCAUCAAAUGCAUCUGUCCUAGCAGCUGAAGCAAUUUCUGCAGAUGCAUUAAAUGAAGAUGAGCUUGCUAAUGUCAAUAAUAGGGUUAGUAUUGAUUUCGAUGGGGAGCACCAUGAGAAUCACUCUAGGAAUUCCAGUGGAGCUGAAUCAUGUACUCAAGUGUUGUCGGAUUCUACUGAAGCACCAACUACUAGCGGCCAAGGUAUGGCCCAGGAUUCAUCUGUUGUUGCUCCUGGGUAUGUUCCUAGUGAGCUUGAUGAGAGAAUCAUGCUUGAACUUCCUUGCUCAAUGGUGAGGCCACUGAAGGUUGUUCGUGGAACCUUUCAAAUAACAACAAAAAAAAUUAAUUUUAUUGCUGAGAACAUUGAGGCGAAUUCAUCAGGCAGUGAACUAGAUCAAAAUUCAGAAAAUAGGGACCAGGAAAAAAAUCAUAGCUGGUUAAUAUCUUCACUUCAUCAAAUAUAUAGUAGAAGAUAUCUAUUGAGAAGGAGUGCACUAGAGCUCUUCAUGCUUGACCGUUUUAAUUACUUUUUCGAUUUUGCGACUAGUGAAGGUAGAAGAAAUGCUUACCGGGCUAUUGUUAAUGCACGUCCUCCUCAUUUGAACAAUAUAUAUCUUGCGACUCAGAGACCUGAUCAGCUUUUAAAAAGAACUCAGCUGAUGGAGCGUUGGGCUAGAUGGGAGAUUAGCAACUUUGAAUACCUAAUGCAGCUCAACACACUGGCUGGGCGUAGUUAUAAUGAUAUCACCCAGUAUCCAGUAUUCCCUUGGAUUUUGUCUGAUUAUACCUCGCAGAAGUUGGAUCUUUCUAAUCCUUCUUCUUAUCGAGACCUUUCAAAGCCUGUUGGUGCACUAAAUCCUGAACGCUUGAAAAAAUUCCAGGAGCGAUAUUCCAGCUUUGAUGAUCCUGUUAUCCCGAAGUUCCAUUAUGGUUCACAUUAUUCAAGUGCUGGAACGGUGCUCUAUUACCUUGUUCGAAUCGAGCCUUUCACCACGCUCUCUAUUCAAUUGCAAGGAGAAAAGUUUGACCAUGCCGACAGGAUGUUUGCUGAUAUUGCUGCAACUUGGGAUGGAGUUCUCGAAGAGAUGAGUGAUGUGAAGGAAUUGGUUCCAGAGCUCUUUUACCUCCCUGAAACGUUGACCAAUGAAAACUCUAUUGAUUUUGGUACCACACAGCUUGGUCAAAAGCUUGAUUCUGUCAAGCUACCUCCGUGGGCAGAAAAUCCUGUUGAGUUCAUCCAUAAGAAUAGAAUGGCACUUGAGAGUGAGUAUGUUUCUGCUCAUUUACAUGAGUGGAUUGACCUGAUAUUUGGGUAUAAACAACGGGGAAGAGAGGCCAUAGCAGCAAAUAAUGUUUUCUUUUACAUUACAUAUGAAGGAACAGUUGAUAUUGAAAAAAUAGCUGACCCUGUACAACAACGUGCCACUCAGGAUCAGAUUGCGUAUUUUGGGCAAACCCCAUCUCAGCUUUUGACAACUCCUCACAUAAAAAGAAUGCCAUUAACGGAGGUGCUUCAACUGCAGACAAUUUUUAGGAACCCAAAAGAGUUAAAACCGUAUGCUGUUCCGAUGCCUGAACGCUGCAAUCUACCUGCCUCUGCAAUGCAUGCAUCCUCGGAUUCUGUUAUUAUUGUUGAUAUAAAUGCUCCAGCUGCAUGUGUGGCACAACACAAGUGGCAGCCAAAUACACCUGAUGGCCAGGGUGCCCCUUUUCUUUUCCAUCAUGGGAAAGCCACUACCAAUUCUUCUGCUGGUGGAUUGAUGCGAAUGUUCAAAGCACCAGUUGGGGCUGUUUCUGAAGAUGGUCACUUUCCUCAAGCAUUGGCAUUCCCCACUUCAGGAAUUAGAAGCACAGCUAUAGUCGUUAUAACUAGUGAUAAAGAAAUUAUAACAGGUGGGCAUGUUGAUAACAGUAUCAGAAUUAUAUCUUCUGAUGGAGCAAAGACCGUUGAGACAGCAAUAGGACACUGUGCUCCUGUGACAUGCUUGGGUCUCUCAUCAGAUAGCAAUUACCUUGUGACUGGGUCUCGAGAUACCACUGUAUUGUUGUGGAGGAUACACCGUACAGUUGCAUCUCUUUCUACUAAUAUUUCUGAAUCUCCAAAUGCAUCCGGUAGUACUUCAAAUAGCACUAAUACUUCAGCAAGUACCUUAGACAAAAGCAGAAAACGACGAAUUGAAGGACCCAUACAUGUCUUACGUGGUCAUUAUGCUGAAGUUCUGUCUUGUUGUGUCAGCUCAGACCUUGGAGUAGUUGUUUCCUGCUCUCAAUCGCCAGAUAUUUUAUUGCAUUCUAUCAGAAGGGGUCGCUUGCUCAGAAGGCUAGCUGGUGUGCAGGCUGACUCUGUCUGCCUUUCAUCUGAUGGCAUUAUAAUGGUUUGGAAUCAAUCACUUCAUAUGCUCAGCACCUAUACUCUCAAUGGCAUUGCUGUAGCCAGGGUGCAGCUUCCCUUAUUGGGAACCGUUAGUUGCAUGGAAAUUUCUUUUGAUGGUCAGACUGCCUUGGUUGGGGUGAAUUCCUGUCAUAAGAAGGAAGGAUCUCUUGAAAGUAGCAGAUCUUGGAAGUCAAACCAACUGGAAGCUGUAGCAGCUUUUUCCACCAGAUUGGAUGUGAAGCAAGACGAGCAUAUAUUAGAUAUAGCUUCACCUUCAAUAUGCUUUCUUGAUCUAUAUACUCUUAAGGAGCUACAUACAUUGAAUCUUCAAGCUGGACAGGAUAUUACAGCCAUUGCUUUGAACAAAGACAACACUAAUCUUUUGGUUUCUACAAUGGAUAGGCAAUUGAUAAUUUUUACAGACCCAGCUUUAAGCUUAAAAGUGGUGGAUCAGAUGCUCAAGCUUGGUUGGGAAGGCGAUGGACUUAGCCCUCUCAUUAAAUGAUUUCACCAUUUUUUAUUUGGUUCUAUUUCUUUGGAACUCUUCGAAGAGGUAAAGUGGAGCUAUGUCUGUAUUCUGGUUGCCACAUUUUUUUAUACGUUGCAUCUAUAUUGGUGUGAUUGUAGUAUAUGUAGCCUACUUCAUGUAUUAACACGAUUUGAAAAAAUUAGGAUCGGUAGGUAAAUUUUUUAUUUUUUUUUGACUUGAUCGAGUUGUAAAAAAUUCGGUAUCCUUUUAGAUUAGGCUUUGUAAAUCCUCAAUUCAAUUUUGGUUUUUUUUUUUAAUGUAUAUGAGGCUAUAGAUAUCACAUCUUUUGUAUGAUAGAUUGCGAUUUGGUUGUAACUCUUCAGUCAUUGCUUCAAAUUACAUAAGCGUUGAAGCGGAGUUAUUUUGCAGACACAUAACUGAAAUUGUUGUCGCGACUUGCGCAUUUGACGGUACUCAUGCCUUCUUCUCAGUUUGCCUCUAAUAUCAUUGCUGAGAAUAAGGUUGUGAGCCUUUUUAGAGCAGGAUUUUUGCCAAAAGUAAUGCAAAAAUUAACCUAAAUUCAAACUUUGGCCCCACAUAUUUAUAUAUUCUCACUAUAUAGUCCACAUAAUACCAAAUAAUGGACUACCCAUGUCAAAAAACAUUUAUUUUGUGAGUGGUUAUAAUCAGAUAAUUGUUGCCGGUGCGAGCGACUCAAAAGCAGCUCAAUAAAAGAAACCGCCUACAUUGUGAGCGUUCUAUACCAAAGAUGGUCAUGGGUCGAAUUUGGGUCAGAUCAAAUCAAAUUUGAAUUCAAACUCAUUAAUUUUUUGUGGACUCAUACUCGGAUCCAGACACUUAGGGUAUGAAAAUGUUGCAUUCUGACAUAAACUUGGGUCUUAAAUAAGUCUUUAUU